UUUCAGUAGCAGCUGAGUUGUGAGAGAAAGCAGCAGAAGGCAAUGGCUAUGGAGAAGAAGAAGAGCGGCUCGUGGCGUCUGCAAAGUGGUCAAUAUCUGGGAGAAGUCUCGGCCCUGUGUUUCCUUCACCUACCUUCUCACCUGUCAAUAAGGGAGCUUCCUUAUUUAGUGGCCGGGUCGGGUUCGCAAAUCUUGGUCUAUGAUUUGGAACUGGGAACCAUGAUGAGGUCGUUCGACGUUUUCCAAGGCAUUCGCGUCCAUGGCAUUUGCUGCGGCGCUACUCAUACUGAUGGCCCUGAGGGAACCGUUGCUUUCGAAAUCGCUGUGUUUGGGGAAAGGAGGGUCAAGAUGUUUAGAUUGGAGAUUCAUUUGGGGCAGCAAGUCAGUGUUGGUUUGAGGCUGUUGCACUUGUUGCCCAACUUUGGGAAUUGGGUCUUGGAUGUUUCCUUCAUCAUGCAUGGGGAAGGUCAGUGUCUUGCUAUUGGGUGUAGUGACAACUCUGUCCAUCUUUGGGAUGUAUCUACUUCUACUGUGGUUCUUCAAGUUCAGCAUCCUGAGAGGACUCUUCUGUAUUCAAUGCGGUUAUGGGGUGAAACUCUUGAAGUUCUGCGCAUUGCAUCCGGUACUAUCUAUAAUGAGAUCAUUGUUUGGAAAGUGGCUCCUCAGUCUAAUACAUCAUGUUUGACAAGCCAAGUAGAACACCGCAUUGAUCAAAGCAAUUCACUCUCAAAUAGUGUUCAGCUUCAUAAUUGCCAGUAUGAAGCUAUUCAUAUUAGCAAACUUGGUGGACAUGAAGGUUCAAUUUUUCGCAUAUCGUGGUCCUCUAAUGGAUCAAAACUGGUUUCUGUAUCUGACGAUCGUAGUGCUCGUGUCUGGGCAGUUUGUACUCAAGCAAUGCAUUCUAAGAAGCCAGCGGACUCCAUUGGGCUUAUGUUAUUUGGUCACAGUGCCCGAGUUUGGGACUGCUGCAUUUUUGGAUCGUUAAUUGUCACAGCUGGUGAGGAUUGUACUUGUCGUGUGUGGGGCCUGGAUGGUAAACACCUAGAGACAAUCAAGGAGCACACAGGAAGGGGUAUAUGGCGAUGUUUGUAUGAUCCGAAAUCUUCGCUUCUAAUUACUGCUGGCUUUGACUCUGCAAUUAAAGUGCAUCAGCUGCACAUUCCAUUCUCUUGGGGAUUAAAGGGACAUGCAGAGACAAAACAAAUUGAUGGAAUAGUUGCAUACACAACUCGUAUCCCUACUUUAUCCGAGAAUAUUGGACCUAUGGACAGCAAAAGUGAAUAUGUUCGUUGCUUGCGUUUUACAUGUGAGGACACCCUUUAUGUUGCCACAAACCAUGGUUAUAUGUACCAUGCUAAGCUAUUGGAUACUGAAGUAGAAUGGACAAAACUUGUUCGCGUCAGUGAGGAGGUGCCAAUUGUUUGCAUGGAUUUAUUGUCAGAACCAUUCAAACUUUCUUCUGGUGUUAAGGAUUGGAUUGCUGUUGGAGAUGGUAAAGGAAACAUGACAGUUGUUGGGGUUAUAUAUGGUGCUUGUACCCCUAGAGUUGGUUUUGCCUUUACUUGGUCAGCUGGAAUAGAAAGACAACUUCUUGGAGCACAUUGGUGCCAGUCACUAGGUUACGGGUUCAUCUUCACUGCUGAUCCUAGAGGAACAUUGAAGCUGUGGAGGCUGUGUGAUCACUCUGCAACGAGCUGUGAUGUGUCUCUUUUAGCUGAAUUCACAUCAAGUUUCGGAAGUAGAAUAAUGUGUUUAGAUGCAUCUUUGGAGGAAGAGGUAUUGGUAUGUGGAGAUAUACGUGGAAAUCUUGUCUUGUUCCCUUUGUUGAAGAGUGUGUUGCUGGGCACAUUGGUCGCUUCUGAUGUUAAAAUAUCUCCAUCAAGUUGUUUCAAAGGAGCUCAUGGGAUAUCAAGCAUCUCCAGUGUUGCUGUUGCUAGACUAAGUUCUAAUCAGAUUGAAAUAUGCUCGACUGGAGCAGAUGGGUGUAUAUGCUAUCUGGAAUAUGACAAAGAUAGGAAGGAUUUGGAAUUUAUAGGGAUGAAACAAGUGAAGGAGUUGAGUCUUAUUCAAUCUGUCUCUGUGUGCAAUAGCUCUGUGAACAAGCCAUCAAACUGUCAUUAUGCUGCUGGUUUUGCAUCAGUGGAUUUUAUAAUUUGGAAUUUAUUAACUGAGACCAAGGUCUUCCAAAUCCCAUGUGGUGGAUGGCGGCGUCCUCAUUCCUAUUAUCUUGGUGAUGUACCAGAGAUAAAGAACUGCUUUGCAUAUGUUAAGGAUGAUAUCAUUUAUAUUCAUCGACGCUGGGCACUGAAUGGUGAAAGGAAGGAACUCUCUAGGAAUUUGCAUAUGCAAUUCCAUGGGAGAGAGAUGCAUUCCAUAUGCUUUGUCUCAGAAGAAUUGCAACCUGGAGUAACUGGGAAGGACCAUCUGCUCUAUAGAUCUAGUUGGAUUGCAACUGGCUGUGAAGACGGAACUGUGAGGUUGACUAGGUAUAUGCCAGAUGUUGAUAAUUGGUCUGGAUCAAAAUUGCUUGGGGAGCAUGUUGGUGGAUCAGCUGUGAGAUCAAUAUGCUGUGUGUCAAAGAUAAACAUACUUCCGUCAGAUAUGACUGGCAUUCCCAAUAUAAGAACUGCUAACAAUGGAACAACAGAGAAUAGAGAGACUCCGACUUUAUUGAUUUCUGUUGGUGCAAAGCGGGUCUUGACUUCUUGGCUACUAAGAAGUAGGAAAGUAGACAAGAAGGAAGAAAUCGUACGUGAUCCGCAGCAUGACAACACUGGAAAUGGCAAUACAUGUUUGUCCCCAGAGUCGCCUUCAAUGUCAUUCCAGUGGCUUUCUACAGAUAUGCCAGCAAAAUAUUCUAGUUUUCAAAAAGUUCCAACAAACAUCGAGAAAAGAGCUGAUCAAGCUGGCGAUGCUGAUGGUAAAGAUGAUGCAGCAUCAGAAAAGGGAAACAAAGAGUCGAACUCCUGCAUUAAAGAUAAAUAUGAAGAUGACUGGAGAUACAUGGCUGUUACUGCUUUUCUUGUAAAGUGUGCCAAUUCCAGGAUAACUGUCUGUUUUAUUGGUGUUGCUUGCUCUGAUGCCACCCUUGCAUUACGGGCUCUAGUUUUGCCCUAUAGGCUAUGGUUUGAUGUUGCUUUUCUGUGUCCUCUAUCAUCACCAGUUCUGUCCCUACAGCAUGUCAUCCUUCCUGCAUGUCUACCUUCUGAAGGCAAUUGGCAGAUUGGAAGUUUGUAUUUUCUCAUCAGUGGGGCUACUGAUGGAAGCAUUGCCUUUUGGGACCUCACUAGAAGCAUUGAAGCUUUUAUGCAGCUGGUGUCAGUACUUAAUACAGAAAAGUUCAUUGACUGUCAGAAACGGCCGAGAACAGGGAGGGGAAGUCAGGGUGGACGAUGGUGGAGAUCUUUAGGCAGUAGCAUGUCAACGAGUAGGCUAGGUGUCAGUUCCACCACUGUUAAAGCUGGAGUGGAAGCUGAUGAGAAUUUGCCAAAGCAUUCUGGGGAUGGAACUUCAUCAAUGCUAAAUGAUAAUGGGAGCAGUAGAACGGCUUCUUCACAUGCUAUUCAUACUGCUUGCCUAGAUUCAGAAGCAAGUGCUUAUGAUUCCUCAUCGGACAUAUGUGAAAUAUCACCUUUACUUGUCUUCAAGGCCAUUCACCAAUCUGGUGUCAAUUCUCUCCACAUUUCAAAUGUAGAGGGUUGUGUACGUCCUGAAAUCGGUUUUCUUUAUAAUUUAAUUAGUGGGGGUGAUGAUCAAGCCCUUAGCUGUCUUACAUUUGAAUUGUCAGUGUCAACAUUUAGCUCUGAAUUUGAUAAUAUGACACUGGAAAUCAAAAAUUCAAUCACUGAACUUGGAAAUGCAAAGAAGUUAGUUCAUUCUAACCAAGACAAGAAGAAGAACUAUUGGAUCCGAUUCUUAAAUCAUGAUAAAGUCCCCUCAGCUCACAGCUCUGCCGUAAAAGGUGUUUGGACAGACGGAUCUUGGGUUUUUUCAACUGGUCUGGAUCAGCGUGUCAGGUGCUGGCGUCUCCAGGAGGAAGGUAAAUUAAUCGAGUAUGCUUAUUUGGUCAUCAGUGUGCCAGAGCCAGAAGCACUGGAUGCUAAACUGUGUGGCAGGAACAAAUAUCAGAUUGCAGUAGCUGGGAGGGGAAUGCAGAUGCUGGAGUUCUCUGAAAUUCUGGCAUCAGUUGAUAUAACCCAGAAUUGUCAACCAUUGAUGAUCUACCUGCAACUACUGUGGAACUUGAACCAGAAAAGAUUGAAGAUGGGAAAAAUGGAGGUCCUUCAUUCCAUUCUGAUCUUUACGAUGAGGAAUUAGUCCACAAGAUAGCUCAAGGUUUCAUUCCUGGAUUAGCUACUGCUUGUGUUGAUAAGACAUCUGGUGAUAUCUUCAAGACCCUUGCUUCUGUGGCGGCCGAUGUGAGAAAGGAAAUGGUGGAGUAUGUCACUCAAAGAUAUGAGAAUUUUGUUGCACAAUCUGUUAUCCUAGAAGGUGGCCAAGAUCGACAAGUGUCUGAUCAUCUCUAUGACAUCAUUUCUGAUUUUGUUUGAUGACUUUGCAAGGUCCAAGAGAAAUUUAUUUAGUCGUGUUUGAGGAUGGCUGCUAAGUGAAAAGAGAGAAGAUAAAAUAGAUGAUUUUGUUCAAGAGAUGGAAAUAAAUGGGUUUUGGUUGGUUGAUGAGAUAGAGACAAUAGCACAGAGUUUGCUAAAGAAUGUCGACCUCAAGAAUGAGCAUCACUGCAAUAUGAAAUUUUCGCACCCAAGAGGAGCUUGAACAGAAUUUUCCAAAUUGUGGCUACAGGUCUAUGAGUUGCACAAAUGAAGGAUGUAAUGCCAUAAUUUGUGCAAGUCAGGUGUAUAAACGUGAUGCAAUAUGCUCCUUCAAGAAUCAAGAUAAUUCCAUGCGAACAAAACUGCCCCGACAAGAUGUGAGAUGGACAGACAUUGUAUCACCGUCUCUUCAAUGAAGCUUGUUGUCCUUUCUAUGCAGUGGGAUGGCAAUCCCCAGUACCACGUUGUAAGCUUGAGCAGCAUCAUUCAGAUGAUCUCCAUUCUCACGUGCUGUUUGCUUUACAAAGUAUUCAUAAGGAAGCAUCAGUGGAAGAUCUGGAAAGAAGGUUGGAGCAACUAAAAGAAGUGUCAGGAUAGGCUUCUUAGUUUGAGUGGUCUUAAUUUCGUGGAUAUUUUGGGAAAUGAACAAAAGAAGGCUCAUCAAGCUCAAAAAUUAGUACUUCAAAGAAAACGGUGGCUUAUGUUAAACAGCGACAAGCGUGUCCCGUGGCCCACCAUUGUACCGAUACUGUCCCAACUUAACCACCCAUUAGGUGUUGAGUUUUAAUCACAUAAGGCCUCGGUACAAUUGGGUAAGAGCCACCCACUUAUAAGUUAUAUUUUAUUUGUCAUUUUUCCAAUGUGGGAUCUUUCCUCUCCAACACGCCCCCUCACGUGCAACCUAGCUCUAGGUUAGCACGUGAAAUUAAUUAAUCCAAUUCCCACUUUGGAAAUUGGGACACAAGCCUCAUAUAAGAGACUUGGUCAAUACAAUCCAAGGCCCACAUUGGACACUUGGUAACAAUCCGAUCGGAAUUUUUCCGAUGGCAAUAUAAGGAACCCAAAUUCGGGCUCAUGAUAAUUGGAGACGUAAUUGGAGAGGGACCCGCUUUGAUACCAUGUUAAACAGCGACAAGCGUGUCCCGUGGCCCAUCAUUGUACCGACCUUAUCCCACCUUCUUUAUAAUUAUCAUGCUUAUCAAUUGUAUAUGUAAAUCUAAUAUAAUAGAGUUCUACUCUAUCUUGUGUAACGACUUGUAGUGAUCACUAGUAUCUGUUGAAUAUAAAUACAUGGUAUUGGCCAUCAAUUAAGGUGUGCUCAAUACUACAUUUCCA